CGAAUAUGCUCAAAGGUAUAACAUAUCAUUGUUCAAAUGUCUAUUACAUAUUUUGAAAUAAAUUUAUUAAAAAGAAAACUUCAAAAUUGAUUGUUGAAGACAAGGAUUAAAAUAAACAAUCUCACGAUCUCAUUUUGGUAUAUCAGAUAUACAGUCACGUGAUGGAUGACGUCAUUCAAACUACGGGCGUAACACUGACGGACAAACAGAAGACAACCUUACAUGUGGCUUUCCGGUCCCUGGACGCCAACGGUGACGGCCGCAUCUCGGAGCGCGACAUCGAACUUGGCUGUCGGAAGUUGGGUAUCUUUCUCUCCAAGGAAGAUAUGCGCGCUAUGAUCCAAGAGGCGGACGCUGACAAUAGCGGGACCAUAGAGUACCGAGAAUUUGAGCGGUUGGUGGGUCGGCAGCUGGUUGUCGCCAACUAUCGGCACAAGGAGUUGCAGCGACAGUUCCGGUUGUUUGACAAGGAUGGAGAUGGAUUUAUAACAGGUGAGGAGAUCAGAGCGGUUUUCCGGGAGUCUGGCGUCGACAUGCCGGAAGAAGAAGUGGCCGCCCUCAUAGCAGAGGCAGACACGGAUGGGGACGGCGUUAUCAGCUUUGAAGAGUUUGUUCAUUCUGUAUGUGAAAAAGACUGGUGAUGGAUACAUAACAACUAUAAGGAUGUCGCAUUUACAAACAACAAAGAAAAUCAGCUAUAAUGACAAGUCCAUACUCUCAAACCGGUGCAGUCUACGUAAAUUAUCAAUCGAAACUCCUCGGUCAUUUUCCAUCGAAAACAACCUCGUAUGUAUAUGGACGAUUUACUAUGUCAGAAGUAUUUACAUUUAACUACGCUGCAAGUAGUCCACGUAGUAAUUUCAAUUUAGCAGUUAGCCAUUAUGUCUUUACACUUGGUAGUCUUAAUUAUUUGUGCAGUAAUACAUUCACUUGCAAUAACUUAGAACUGUAAAUACAAAACACACGUUUCAGCACUAUUUAAUUAAUACUAUUAUUUAAAUUUUUAUAAACUUACGAUGUACCAGUAUACAUCCGAGGUUCUUUUCGAUGGAAAAUGGCCGAGGUAUUCCGAGUGAGUAAAAUAUAGUCUGGAACGGUAAUGGCACUCAGGAGACACUCUAUUUCGUUUAUUAUUUAUUGAUGUGCUGGUUCUCGUGUGAAAUUACGAGCCAGAUUCGGCAGCAGAAACAAAAUGAAACAUGGACUAAAACAUCUUUGGAUAAACCACUACGUGCUAGAAUAUCAAAGUACAGUCGAAACUCGCUUUGUCGAACUCUGUUAUCUUGAUGUUCUGGUUAUGUCGAACUUUUUUCGAUUGUGAGAUGUAUAGUUAUACACUAUUUGUAUUUCGGUUAUAUCGAAUGUUUGUUAUAUAGAAGUGUUUAUCGAGAUCAGAACUACUUCGACAUUGCAAGUUCUGACUGUAUAAAAUUAUAACAAUAUGUAAUGUUUUUGUAUUAUAUAGGUAUAUAUUAUAAAGGUAUUGUAAACACACUAUUCGUUCGGGUACGUGUAUGUAUGGCUUCUUUUAGUGCACUACGCCAUCCAUGUAUGUGUACUUUGUAGAUGUUUAGAACGACAGGUACGAUAGCACGAGGGAAGUGAUGUAUGCGCUAACAGCGAGUUUACAUGAACAAACUUAACGGUAACCGUUAUAGAUGCACUCUUACUGGCAUAUUUUUUUUUAUCACAACUAAUUCUAUUGUUAAAAUAUUCCAAAAAGGCUGAAUAAAUAACGAAAACACUGAUUCUUAUGAAAGAUACCAAGUUUAAUUUUAAAGAAAUGUGCAUAAAUCAUAAUAUUUCUAGUAUUUUAGCAUUCACCAAUCAUUUAAUAUUUUUUGCCUUUUUAGCUAUUAAAUACACGGUUACAAUCUUGUUAUCACUGAUUAAUAUUUUCCAUACAUUCAUUAUUUAGUAAGUAGUUAAAGGUUAAUCAGUCAAAAAUUGAUGUUUGUUAUAUAUGUGUUGUUGUUUUUUAUUUUGAAUAAGAGUGUCCCUUUAACUUUUACCUGUAAGUGUAGCUACUCAUACAAGUCAACAUUCACGUCAUGUGUAGUUACACAUACAAGUCCACGUUCACGUCAUGUGUAGUUACACAUACAAGUCCACGUUCACGUCAUUUGUAGUUACACAUACAAGUCAACAUUCACGUCAUGUGUAGUUACACAUACAAGUCCACGUUCACGUCAUGUGUAGCUACUCAUACAAGUCAACAUUCACGUCAUGUGUAGUUACACAUACAAGUCCACGUUCACGUCAUUUGUAGUUACACAUACAAGUCCACAUUCAAGUCAUUUGUAGUUACACAUACAAGUCCACGUUCAAGUCAUUUGUAGUUACACAUACAAGUCCACGUUCACGUCAUGUUUAGUUACACAUACAAGUCCACGUUCACGUCAUGUGUAGUUACACAUACAAGUCCACGUUCACGUCAUUUGUAGUUACACAUACAAGUCCACGUUCACGUCAUGUGUAGUUACACAUACAAGUCCAUGUUCACGCCAUGUGUAGUUACACAUACAAGUCCACGUUCACGUCAUGCGUAGUUACACAUACACGUCCACGUUCACGCCGUGUGUAGUUACACAUACAAGUCCACGUUCAAGUCAUGUGUAGCUACACAUACAAGUCCACGUUCAAGUCAUGUGUAGUUACACAUACACGUGUGUUGCGACCUCUUUAAUUUCUGCAAUUAGCAAUUAGAAUUGAUAAAUAUGGGUUAAUAUUGUAAACACUUUAUAUUGUAACAGUAAAUUACGAGAGGAAGAAAAAAUAUAUAAGCGGGCGCGUAGCUAUCUCAUCAAGCCUUAUGAUUUACUAUCUAUGAUUUACAUGUUUGUGUUAUUUAGAAAGUACACAGUAUCUUGUUGGCUAUAUAUGCAACAUAUUUGUUGUGUGAUUUGCCAAUAUUUAAAAAAUGUGCAGGUUUUGAAUACAUUUAUUAUUAUUUGACAUUUAUGUGACUAGGGUAUCAUUUUUGAAUAUGUGCUUUUGUAUGCAUGUAACUGGUGCUUGAUUUGGUAUAUAGAAAUAUA